AUGGCAAUAAAUCAAGGGUUCGAUUCAUUAUCGUCAGAUUCUUCGAUAAAAGCCUUAACACUAUCCACUGAUAGCAUAGUACCAAGAGAACACGAUCAAAUGCUACAUUCACCUUCAAAAUCAUCUCUUUGGCAUCGAUAUUCGUCAUUACCGAAUCAAUAUCCACUUCGUUUUCUCGGCCUAUGUGCGCAGGUUUUUGUAUAUUAUCUCGGUUAUGGUUAUUUACAAGAAUUGAUAUUUACAUUGAAGGGUUUCAGUGAAACAGCUUGGUUUUUGACAUGUUAUCAGUUUCUGGUUUAUAGUGUACUUUCAUUUCGACAUAUUGGUUUUGUUGGGUUAAGCCAGCGCAGAGCUAGUUUUCGUUCGUAUAUCAUUCUUGCUAUGUUGACUCUUAGUACAAUGGGUUUGUCGAAUUAUUCAGUUGGCUAUUUAAACUAUCCUACACAAGUGAUGUUUAAAUGUUGUAAAUUGAUACCUGUACUUAUCGGUGGUGUCAUCAUUCAAAAGAAAACAUUCAAUCGUUAUGAUGUAUCUGCUGCGAUUUGUAUGUCAAUUGGAUUGAUAUUUUUUACCCUAGCCGAUUCAAAAGUUCGGCCGAGUUUCAAUACAUAUGGUGUGUUUAUCAUUUGCAUGGCACUGGUUGCUGAUGCUAUUAUUGGUAAUUAUCAGGAGAAAAUCAUGAAAACACACAAUGUUCCCAACGUGGAAAUGGUUUUCUAUAGUUUUAUGUUUGGAUUCUUAAUGAUUUUAUUCGGACUCUUACUAACAGACAAUUUAUUUUCGAGUAUCGCUUUUUGGAGCAAGUAUCCUGUACAAACAUAUGGAUACGCUUUGUUGUUCUCAGUAUUUGGAUAUUUGGGCAUUGAUAUUGUCUUGACAUUAAUCAAGGAGUAUGGCGCAUUAAUUUGUGUCACAGUAACAACAUGUCGAAAAGCAGUAACCAUCGUCUUAUCAUUUAUACUUUUUUCCAAGCCGUUUAUUUUUGACUAUGUUUGGUCGGGUUUUAUUGUGGUUGUUGGCAUUUAUCUCAAUGUUUAUAGUCGCAACCAAGCAGCAUUCAAUGCCAAAAUUGCAUCUUAUGCUACUAGUUUGUUCGGUUCUCAUUGGGUCUCGAAAUUUUAUUCGGGAACAUCUACGCGAACCUUAUCUGUGUGA